CCACCCUGCGCACACAGAUUGGGGCCUCAGCCAGGGCCUGGAGUGCAGCCCUUAGCACAGAAGCGCCUGAGUACUCCCAGAACUGGAUGACAGGUGACCAGGGGUCAGCGAGCUGGUCUCAGCCGAGGCUGGCCUGGCGGUGCGGGCACUGACUAGGAGGCCCACCCCCAAGCUUGGGGCCCGAGGUCAGCCCGCCUCAGCGAGCCUCAGCAAGGACGCCCCUGUGCCAGAGCACCGCUCUCUUGGCAGGUAACAGCCCAGUAGUAGCACAGUGUUUCUCCACGUGCACGGGGGUUACACAGUGCUCUAUGGGGCGGAGCUCCAUGAGGGAGUCCUCAUUGGCUAAGCGGUCUCUGGGGUCUCCGGGACCAGGUGGCAGGAACCGGGCGCUCUCCCUGGACCUCCAAAAGGGGCCGUUUGCGCAGGCGCCUUGGAGACCCUGCGUUGGACUGCGUGGGAAGGGGUGGAACUUCCUGAGAAGGCCUCAGUCCAUCCUCCGCGGGCUGAGAGGGUCGGCCAUCAGGUUUAAGUCGAGCUCUGAGGGCAACCGGGAGGUUGCAGCAGCCAUGGAGGCUGCAGACGAAGAUGCAGGUGGUACGGCUGGUGCAGGGAGUAGCCUCGGCGGCCCUGAAGACCAGUGUGGCACCGGAGGCCCUAACAGCCGUGGUCUCCCCAGCGUUCUGGAAGGUCACGGUGGUCUUGGCGACCCUAGUGGCUCUGGUGAUGUGGACACCCAGAGCGGCCCUUGCAGCCCUGCUGACCGGGGUGGCUGUGGCACUCCUAAUGGCCAGGGUGCUCCCCACAGCCCCCCUUGCCAGGGUGACCCUGGAGACGAGGAAACGAUGGGAUCAGCAGCCAUUGGUGCUCGCAAUGUCCAAAGGGCUGCACGAGCCUCAGGGCCAGCAUCAGUGUCUGUAGGACCAGGAAACCGGAAGAUGACCUUCAAGCUCACUGUGCCUUUCCGGUGCCCCCUGGAGGCAGAGAUAGCCCGCAGGUCCAUGGACCAAGAGGAGCAAGGCCAGCUGCGGGCGGUUGGGAAGGAGUUCAAAGUGAAGGGCAGCGUCCUGGCUGUCCGAUGGACUGCAGAAGACCCUGGUCUCCUCCGAGUGUCCGUCAACGCCUUCCUGGGAAAGCUUUCCGUGGUGAUGGGGAACAUCCAGCGCAUUUGGCCUCUUUUUCCACCAGGUCUCAGCCAGGAAAGGGGGUCUGGGGCCUAACCCUGUGACCCCUCCUAGGCAAUGCACAGGGAAUGCACUCCUGGAGGAGCGCCACGCCACUCUCUUACUGGGGCCUCAUUGUUUGCCCGGGCCGGCAUUUGGCUCUCUAAGCCCACUUGUUUUAUUUCCCUGUUGCUUGAGGAACGGGAUGAUUAAAGGUUUGCUACUGCAGAAA